AUGGCUUCCAAACACCAGCUGCAUCAUCAUUUCACUUGUUUGGCCUUACUAAUCUUCAUAUUGGGUGUAUGUGAAGCCACAUCCCGCGCUGCUCUCGAAGAUGCAUCCAUGUACGAGAGGCAUCAACAAUGGAUGGUCCAAUUCGGACGAGUUUACAAGGACACCAACGAGAGGCAAAAGCGUUUCCAGAUUUUCAAACAAAAUGUGGCACGCAUCGACUCUUUCAAUGCUGCCAACAACAAGCCGUACAAGCUCGGUGUGAACCAAUUUGCAGAUCUAACCAACCAAGAGUUCACUGCUUCUCGAAAUGGGUUCAAGGGCCAUAUGUGUUCCAACACGGCUACCACUUUCAAAUACGAGAACGCCACCGCAUUGCCUUCUACCGUGGAUUGGAGAAAGAAAGGAGCUGUUACACCUAUCAAGGACCAAGGCCAAUGCGGAUGCUGUUGGGCGUUCUCGGCCGUGGCAGCCAUGGAAGUUACUAAGCUGACAACAGGAAAGUUAAUUUCCUUGUCCGAGCAGGAACUGGUGGACUGUGACACCAAGGGUGAGGAUCAAGGCUGCGAAGGUGGUCUAAUGGACGAUGCAUUCCAAUUCAUCGAGAAGAACAAAGGCCUAACAACCGAAUCCAUUUACCCCUACAAGGGAGUCGAUGGCACAUGCAAUACCAACGAAGAAGCCAACCAUGCGGCUAAGAUAAAUGGGUUUGAAGAUGUGCCUGCCAAUAGUGAAGAUGCAUUGCAGAAGGCCGUUGCCAACCAACCCGUUUCAGUUGCCAUCGAUGCCGGGGGGUUCGACUUCCAGUUCUACUCGGGUGGUGUGUUUACGGGAAGUUGUGGCACCGAUCUGGACCACGGAGUGACGGCUGUUGGAUAUGGACAGGAUGGUGGGACUAAGUAUUGGUUGGUGAAGAACUCUUGGGGCAGUAGCUGGGGUGAAGAAGGCUACAUUAGGAUGCAAAGAGAUGUGGAUGCAAAGGAAGGCCUUUGUGGCAUUGCAAUGCAAGCAUCCUACCCUACUGCAUAAACAGAACUUAAACCAUAGUUGCCGUUUCUAUAAAUUCUCAUAUUAUGAAUUUCACACAUGCUACUCUACGUGAUUGUACUAUGAACAAUGUAAACACACACUUUGAUUGGCAUA